CUCGCCAUGUCGAGGUCGCUCUCGCUCUUUGCCUUACUCGACAUGACACCGCCGUCGCCCGGCGCCGACGACUCCGACUCCGACUCGAGCCGCGGCUGCAGUCCCAUGGCCUUCGACCCCCUCAACCUGCGCAAGCCCAAGACGACGGUGCAGAACAGCCCGCUGUUCAAGCUGCCGGACGACAUCUUCAAGUGCGUGCUGGACUACCUGGACCGCGACGAGGCCUGGAGUCUGAAGAGGCUCUGCAAGGGCAUGUCUAAGAGCGAGUCGGUCAACCAGCUGCUCUACAAGUACCCGAUACAGCUGAGCGACGUGCGCGACCUGAGGCUCGGCGAGUGGAAGUACCGGACCAGUGGCCAGGUGCGGUGGCAGAGCUUCCAGGAGAGCGUCAACGACGAGAACAGGAGCUACGUGCAGAAGCUGGCCCUGUCACAUUGGGUGAGCAUCGACGACUUCCGCUGGAUAGAAGCGAACCUGCCUGCGCUCACCACCCUCGACAUCUCGGCCAUCAAGGACUUCGUCUGGACGCCCGAGGAGACUUGGACGUGGAAGAUGCUGGCAGAAGCAUGUCCAGUGCUGUUCAGCAAGCUGGAGGAGCUGGAAGUCGCGAACUGGGCCGACUACACUGCACACUCGCGCAUCGAGUACAGCUACUCGUACAACGACUACCGCUUCAAGCAGAAAUUCCGGCUGUCGAGGCGGCGAGGCGGUGGCUCUGUUGCAAAGGAGAUCUUCCCGCUGUGCGAGAAACUGAAGACUCUCGCCAUCCGGGAGCGGUACUCGGGGUUUCACACCUGGAACGAGUGGGAGGUCCAUCAGCGCGUGUGCUGUCUUGUCGAUGGCGUGCAGAGUAACUGCCCGUCCAGCCUGACGAAGCUCAAGGUGCACGACUACGCCCCGUAUCGCUCGCUCUUCUCCACCGAUGCCACCGACUGGCCGCAGAUCACAGACGUCGAGAUUGGUCUGUACAGCUGGAUGGAAGACCGCCGCGAGCGAGACGUAAUCGGACCCAUUCCCUACCGAAUCACACAGGGCCACCAUCACCGAGAUGAAGAGGAGGCUUUCGAUGACAAGAGCUUCGAUAAUUGCAAGCGCGACCACAUGACACUCGGUAACCACGUGGUCCAAGGCGUCGGCGCUUCCUUCGAGGACCUACUCCAGAGCCUCCAGACCAUUUCCAAGAAGUACCCAAAGAUCAACAUCAAACCGAUCCGCAACCUCGAGAACAUCACACUGCAUCCCUUCCACCUUGUCAACGUCAUGCAGCGACGCCAACACUUCGGACAGCACAACGCACAGAACAACGCAACGCCGCCGGUCGACCCGUGCUCCAACGCGGAAGUACAAGAAGCCAUACGGUGGUUGCUCAAGAAGUGCGACUGGAAGCCGAUUCUGGCCUGGGACUCGAUGAUGUGCGACGUCUUCCCCGCAAACCUCGAGCCCAACCGCACCUUCCUCCCAAAACCCGAAGUCCUCACCCGCAUCCAAACCAUGGUCACCACGCUCCGCAGCCUCAACAUCCCCAUCCGUCUCUCCAUCGGCGACCGCACCAACACAUCGCCCUCCUCCGGCCUCGACGGCUCCCUCUACUUCGGCGACUACAAAGCCUUCGCCGGCACCGGCGACGACAAGGAAGAGCGCCUCCUCCCCACCCAGGCCUGCUUCAACCUCACCCCCAUUGCACACAUGGUCGAUGAGCUCACCAUCCAGUACCCCGUCGACGUGCCCGGCGUCUCUGGCUACUUACGCGCACAUCGUCGCCAGUCGCCCGCAGAGAAGGUGCUCAUGGACCGCGAGAUGACCGGGUGGCGCCGCUUCUGGACGCGGUACGCGACACAGUUCACCAACCUCAAGAAACUGACUGCCAACGUACCAAACGACAUCUACGAGGACUGGGCGAAGACCGAGCUCCCUUCCUUGCUCAACGAUGGACGAUGGGAGAUGCUCGAGGUCCCAGAUAAUGCGGGCGAUUUCGGCUUCUUUGGGAGUUAUUUCCCGUUUUCGAGUAUAAGGUACUCGUUCUCGCGGAAGAGGGGGCGGGUUAAGUUUGUCCAGCGAGUGUUUUUCCGCCGCGACGAAGCGCCUCUUAACCUCGUCAGUGCGCAUCCUAGCUUGACUGAAGCGGAGCGCGAGGAGAGACACAUUUCUGACGAAGACAUCGCGGACAAGCAUCACGAGCGUCACCGCUUUUGGACGCCCAAGGAAAUCGAGACCAAGACGAAGCCUGAAGAGAAGGUGAACGGUAAAAAGCGCAAGGCCGGUGCCGACGACGAAACUACCACCGAGAGCAAAAGGUUGAAGAUUGACGAACAGACAGCGUGACUAGCCGCUCGCCUCGAAGAGAGCCGAGCCCACCGCGACAGGUUCAUGGGGUAUUGGGCGCGCAGAAACUACCUACACUGGCGGAUGUAGCAUCAUUGGCGCCUUGGUCGGGAUUUGAGCGGUAUCUCUAAUGAUAAUGGUAAUGAAUGGAUUGGCGUUUGGUGGCAUCCGGAAGAGGCAUUGGGACAGACACGACUGGAGUUUAGGACGGGAUGGGACAGGAUCACGCGUGACGAUAUCUAGCAAAGGAGGUACAAUGGCAUGUGUUGUGCAAACUCAUCUUCUUACGCGUCCGUCUUACAGUUGGCUGCAGAAGGCUUCCGGGAGGAUUGAUUAGCAAUAUUAGCAAUGGCAUUUUAGCAAUGGCAUUAUUGCAAAGUGAUGGCACGACAAGCACACAUAGACAG